CCACGUCCACCUCCCAGUUCUUGGUGAGGUCUCGGAUGGGCUGCAAGAGGUGGGCGAAGCGCACCUCCACGUCCUCCAUGUCCCGGAGAAGUCGAACGACCGGGGACAGCAGAGCCGGCUCCCCAGACAGCCCGUGUCCUCAGCCAGCCACUGGUUCUGGCGCCAUUUUACUGUUCCCGCCCAGGGAAGUACGUAGCUCGCAGAGCCGCGCGCAUAGCGAUGACGUAGCGCGGGCCAAGGCCGGGGAAAAGCUCCCGGCGCCGCGCGGGGAAAGUGUCCAGAACGUCUGUGGCCCGGGCCUCUAUGGCCCCGAGGGCAUCCUUCCUGCUCGGAGGACCCUGCGGCCGCAGGGCAAAGGGCGCUGGCAGCAGUUGUGGGAGACCCCGACGCUGUUGUGGGAGGCACCACGGCUGGGGCUGGACACUGCCCAGGGCCUGGAGCUGCUGAGCCUGCUGGGCACACUGCUGGCCCUGGGCGCCCUUCUGCUGCGCCCGCUGCGCCAUCUGCUCGUCUACCUAUUGCUCUGGGUUGCCUACCUGUCGGCCUGCCAGGUGGGCCAGGUGUUCCUUUAUUUCCAGUGGGAUUCUCUGCUGCUGGAGACUGGCUUCCUGGCAGUGCUGGUGGCCCCGCUCAGGCAGCCCCCUCACCUCAAGCAGACCCCUGAGGGCAGGCUAGCAGGGGCGGCACCCCAUGAAGGCCUUCCCUUUUGGCUCGUGCGCUGGCUGCUGUUCCGCCUCAUGUUUGCCUCUGGCGUAGUCAAGCUGACCAGCCGCUGUCCCGCAUGGUGGGGGCUCACUGCCCUCACCUACCACUACGAGACACAGUGCUUGCCCACGCCUGCAGCCUGGUUCGCCCACCACCUGCCAGUCUGGCUGCACAAGCUCAGCGUGGUGGCUACUUUCUUCAUCGAGAUCGCUGUGCCCCCUCUGUUCUUUGCUCCCAUUCGCCGCCUACGAUUGGCUGCCUUCUAUUCCCAGGUGCUGCUGCAGGCCCUGAUCAUCACUACUGGUAACUAUAACUUCUUUAACCUGCUGACCUUGGUGCUCACGACUGCCCUUCUGGAUGACCAGCACCUGGCUGCUGAGCCUGGCCAUGGCCACAGCAAGAAGGUGCCCACCUCCUGGCCCCGGGUCCUGCUGGCCACACUGUCUUUGCUGCUGGAACUGACCAUAUAUGGGCUGCUGGCCUAUGGCACUGUGCACUGCUUUGGCCUGGAGGUCGACUGGCAGCAACUCACUGUCCACUCUAGAACCGCCUUCACCUUCCACCAGUUCUCCCAGUGGCUGAAGAUGGUGACCCUGCCGACCAUGUGGCUGGGUGCAGCGUCCCUCACCUGGGAGCUGCUAACUGCCCUCUGGAGGUGGACCCAGGUACGGGGGUGGCUGCCCAAGCUGGGUGCUGCAGUGCAGCUGACUGUCCUUGGCACUGCUACAGUGACCUUGUUCAUCAUCAGCCUGGUACCAUACUCCUACGUGGAACCAGGGACCCAUGGGCACCUCUGGACUGGGGCACACCGCCUAUUUGGAGCCGUGGAGCACCUGCAGCUGGCAAAUUCCUACGGCCUCUUCCGACGCAUGACUGGCCUGGGCGGGCGGCCUGAGGUGGUGCUGGAGGGCAGCUAUGACGGACACCACUGGACGGAAAUCGAGUUCAUGUACAAGCCAGGAAAUGUGAGCCGGCCACCCCCAGUGGUGGUGCCCCACCAGCCGCGCCUUGAUUGGCAGAUGUGGUUCGCGGCCCUGGGCCCACACACGCACAGCCCUUGGUUCACCAGCCUGGUCCACCGCCUCCUGCAGGGCAAGAAGCCAGUGAUCCACCUCAUCCAGAGCCACUCGGCCAGGUACCCUUUCUGGGAGCAGCCGCCCGCCUACAUCAGGGCCCAGCGCUACAAGUACUGGUUCUCACAGCCGGGGGAGCAGGGUCAGUGGUGGCGACGCCAAUGGGCGGAGGAAUUCUUCCCACCAGUGUCCUUGGGCGACCCAAAGCUGGAGAUGCUGCUCAGGCAGUUCGGGCUUCAGGACCACAGCCCGGCCCGGACCCGCAGCUCCAGCACGCUAGCCCAGGCCCUCCGCUGGACACGGACUCAGCUGUCGGCUGUGGAGGCCCCCACCCUGCUCUGGGGGCUGUUCGUGGCCGUGGGGACCAUCAGAGUAGUGCAGGCACUGCUGGCCUACUGGUCAUGCUGGUCCUCACUGGCCAUCCGGAAGAAGCACAGGCCAGCCCUCAAGGACACAGGAGCUGCAGGAGCCCAGGGCACCCCAAUCCCUGCCAGCAGGAGUGGUAGUUCGGGACCCCCGAGGCGGAGAAAAUAGCUGCACUUCCGUCAUUGUGUCUGAGAGAGAUGUCUGGCAGCUCUGGCCAUGCAGGAGGACUGAACCCAGCCUGUCUUAGCCAGCUCUGCCUGAGAAACACCGAUUGGGGUGCCACCCUCUGGGAGUUGCUGGGGGCUGCUUUGAGGCCCACUGCCCCCCACCAUGCUGCCAGGCCCCUCACCAGGUCCCCUAGCUGCCCCUGUCCCAAUUGACCUAGGAGAUGAGUUUGAGACCCACCCCAGGUCAUUGUGACGGGGUUGU